ACAACUUAGAAUACAUUAAAAGUUUGAGGUUAUGUUCAUAAAUCUACAAUCUGCGGUACCUAGUCGGAAUCAGUAAACUGGAAUAAGUGUUAACAGGUGUAAGGGCGGACUCAGGAAAUAGUCAAGUGAGCAGACCGAAGUAUUACAUUUUCAAUUAAUUUGAAAAACAGUAACUGUCGGAACAAAUAUGGAUAGCUCCGAAGCAUCGCGUGUGGAGAGUGCGGCCAGCUCCAGCCGAGCACGAACCCAGGACAAGCCAGCAAAUAAGAAAACAACCAUGGAAUGUGAUUCAACCACUGACUCCACAGCAGCACCUACUAGAAAAUCCAAGUCAGCAGUAGGUGAGCAGGGUUCUAGUGGCACAGCCGCUAAAGAGUAUGAAGUGGAGGAUAUUCUUGAUCAUAUGGUCGUCCAGGACAAGUCUUUCUUCCUUGUAAAGUGGAAGAACUAUGACCAGGACUCCAAUUCCUGGGAAAGUCGCGACGACUUGACCAAUUGCAAACGCGCUAUCGCCAAUUACUUCAAACGGUCAUUGACCAACUAUGAAAAUCUCAAGAAACAGGAGAGCCAACAAGCGUCGUCUAACAAGCAGUAAACAUUUCGUUUCAGAAAUUACAUGCAUUUAUUAUAAUAAUUGAUGUAAACGAUGUACUGAUGUAUUAUUAUUAUGUUUCUAUCUAUAUUGACAUUCCGUAAACGAAAACUUGUAUUUUCAUCUCAGUAUUUUGGAUAUUAUUACUUAUUUCGAUCUUGUAUUCAAAGUCUUAUUCUUUCAGUAUUUUCGAUUUUUCAAUCUACUUAUUCCUUGUCUUAGUUUUCACUUUGGGCUAGUUUUCUUCCACUUGGAAGUAUAUAUCUAUAUAUAUAUAUAUAUAUGUAGCUUGUGUAAUUAUUUGUAUAAUAAACCAAAAACAGAAAAUGAAA